AGGAGCUCACCAUGAUAUGGGGUGAGGAGGGCGAGAAACUGGGUUUCGAUGACUUCGCGGACUGGUACUGCGAGGCGUUGGACAUGUACGAGAAUUCCAUAUCGGAGCAGGCGGUGCUGCCGCCAGAGGCGCUGCUGGAAGAGGAGCUCGACGCCCAGUCCGAGGCCGAGGUCGAGUACAGCGAUGAGGACCUGAUGACGGACGCCCCGUCGCAGGUGGAUGUGUCUGAGCUCAGGGUGAACCGCCAGGACGACGGGACCGCCGCGUUGAAAGAGCCCAAAGUUGGGACUGGGACUUCGGGGAGAGAGAACUUCGAGAUCACCGCGCUCUUCCGGGAGGGCUGCGACGAGGACAACCGCCUCUCGUUCGACGCCCUGAGGAAGAUCUCCGAGAUUCGGGAGAUGCUCGAGGUCAUGGAGAGGUUCGGCAUGGAUCCGACUUUGCCGCGCGAAGGGCAAAUGACCAAGGUGUCAAUAUGGUUCUCUACAGCCCUACGCCAUAGUCCAUAUUGGAAGGACGGAUUCAGCCGACACUUCGAAAAGAUCAGCACUUUCGAUCCAUACGAUGGCUGGGUUGUUGUUGACGAUCUGCUGACAAACUGGACUGAAAAUGAUCAGUGGAAAGGCUAUCGUGAAAUGCACGAGGUGCUGAUCAAGGGCAGGCCCCACACGUCAUACGUGUAUUGGGUGCUGCUAAACUGCUGUGAGAUGAUUGACCAUCACGGCAUGCAGAAGGGCAGGCUCCAGAUGAAGUGCGUUGAGGACAGCAUGCUGCUGCCUCCCAGGCCACCGCUCGCCCGAGAGCAUCCCGAGGGAGGCGCCGCGCUGGGCCUCGCGGGUUUCGGGCGGCGGCUGGCUGGCCGCGUGCGUUUGCCCCCGCUGGCGCGCGUGGCGUGCCGUCGGCUGGCAGGCGCGCGCUCGGCUGGCGUGGCCGCGCGGUCAGCUGGUGGCCGCGCGAAGACACUCUUCGUUCAGAAGAGGGGAUUCGGUUGCAACUCGUCAGAAGAUGAAGAGAUACCCAUACCGCUACCCCUGCCUCGUUUUCCCCUUUGUGGGGCCUCCCGGGAGGCCCUCGUCGCCACCACUGGAUUCAGUCCGAAAUCUUGGUCAAAACGCACCCUGGGAGAGGCCAGGGGAGUAGCGGUAUCGGAACCUUUUGGUUCCCCCAUUGCUCGUGCAGAGGGGACUCGUUCGAUAGCAAAUCACGGGAGCCUUGUAUAUCCUUGAAUUUCCGUCUUCAGAGUGCAUCAAUUCUGCGUCGACCGGUGUCCAUCCGCAAGAGCCAACAAGACGACACGGUCAGGGUGAGGCUCCCAUGAGUUGCCGCAGACGCCUCGAGAGGCCAGGUGCGGCCCGCCGCCGCCGCGACUGGCCGCCGCCGCUCGCCCGCCGACCGUGCCGCGCGCCCGCCGGCGCGGGCGUGGUGCCG